CGCAGUCGCCAUGUUGCUCAAGCCAAUGUUUGUGGUGACGUCACUGGGUUUUGCGGUCCUGGCGGCCUACCUGUACACCCCUCUGCCAGAUGGAAUGGCCGAGCCUUGGAAGUGUCAGGGGAUCAUGGCGGCCAUUGGCUUGGGACAGCUCGUGGCGCGGACACUGACGUACCUGGGCUUGUACAAGUUCCCGUACGGUAUCAGGGCUGUCAUGGAGGCGACUCUGGACCACAAUUACGUUUCCGCAACUUUUGGUGACGUCAAGGUGAUACGACCUGACGGCAUAUGAGAUCGCCAAAGGAUCGAGGGCAGUGGUGGUGAGCGUGGACUACAGACGAGCCCCCGAGCACCCGUUCCCCGCGGCAGCUGAGGACAGCCUCACAGUGACCAGACACGUACUACGUCACGGCCGGAACCUCGGGAUUGACGUCACAAAAGUGGGCGUGGCUG